AGAAACCACAUUCGCCGCCCGCACAGCCAUUAUCGCCCAACAGGAUCCUUACCUGCACCCAUCUCAAACGAGUAAAGUCAUUCGAUGUCGUCGUCAACAAGCUCGCCGCCCCAUGCCCCGGGCAAUGGACAGGAGAAGGGGGCUUUGAACUCCUUGAACUUGGGAUUCCUCAAGACUUUGACGGAGAAGAAAAUAACAAGAGAAGGCCAACAACCCAAAAGGCGAGGGCCAAAACCAGAUAGCAAACCAGCAUUGACCCGCAGGCAAGAACUCAACCGACAAGCGCAGAGGUGGGUAGUGCCACAACAUGUUCGGCAGGGGACUUGGGGCUGACAGGAGUGCAGGACGCAUCGCGAACGAAAAGAAUUAUACAUCAAAGCUCUAGAAGACGAAGUCCUUCGGUUGAAAGAGGUGUUCAGUAAUGUCACGCAUGACAAAGAUAAGUUGGCAGAGGAAAACAAGCAGCUCAAGAUGCUGCUCAGCCAGAAUGGGCUGUCGCCAGCGCCAAAUGGCGCGACGGAUGACAUGGCCAGCAACACAAGCUACAGAUACAAUACAGCGAGUCCCAGCGUGUCCGGCACAUCCGGAAGUUAUGGGCCUGGGUCGAGCGCAACGACUUACACGCCACCCAUGACUUCGCAGUCCAACGCGCCGUCCAUGUCGACCUCGUCGCAGAUGAUGGGGGUCCAGCAGCACCCCUUUCAACAGCACUCGAGAAAUGCCAGCCAGCAGCAACGUGUGGACUACGAGCAGGCAGGUAUAGACUUUGUUUUAACGCUCGAGAAGCCCUGUAUGGACCACAUGCCUUGGCUAGUUGAGCGCGCCAGCGAAGCGGGAGGUGAGCCUUGUGGCCAUGCCCUUAUGGCUACCUGCCCCCCUGAGCCCUUUAGCGGGUUGAGCAACGACGUCCCGUUCGGCUACAAUCACGCCCAGCCGGAGCAGAACAGGUCAGGUCAGCGCACCUGGGAGCUCACCAAGGGGGACCUCUCGACUCUUCUGGACUUGAGUAAGAAACUCGACCUAGAUGGCGAGAUUACACCAGUUAUGGCCUGGGGCCUGAUUCUCAACCAUCCGCGACUUGCAGAGCUAAGAGUCGAGGACUACCACAGACUCGCGGACGAGCUGGGGGGCAAAGUCCGGUGCUACGGAUUUGGGGCUGUUAUGGAAGAGUUUGAAGUCAGGGAUGCCAUAAAUGCCGUGUUUUGUACAAAGCCAGAACUGAACACGGCAUUUUGACAAAUCAAAACAUGAAUGUACAGUAGGAAUAUAAUCUAAGCGUGUCAAUGAGCCGUGUCUGCAAUGCACGUCCACAAAUUACUCAUGUGCGUUACCGCCGAAUGUUCACGGAUAUUGAGAUGGAUGAUAUUCGACCGUUGGCAAUCCGUGUCUAUCGACCACCCGCACUGAAGAUGAAUGUUGCGUUCAGCACUUGAAGUCAAAACGAGCAACAAGUCUUGGCCCCAAGUGACAAUGCAAAGUCCAUGUUGAAUGCGCAUGCAUGGGGAAGACUUCGGUGGGUUGAUUUGAUGAGGGUGUAUAGAGCACAGUGUGUCAAAGCUCGUGCAAUACCAUGAUGUGCUCCGGGGGGACUGUACGUUUGCACUGUGGUGGCACCCCAACUCUAGUCUAGUCUAGACUAGGCGCAAAA